CUGCCUGAGGGGUCGAGCACCUACCGUGAGGCAUCCCCUCCUAUAGAUCUUGGGAUAUGUGGAGAUAUGUUGCCCAUUGUGCUGUCCAAGGUGGAUGGCAGGAUGUCAAUGCGUGUGCUGAGCUCACCAAAGGGAGGAUACUCACAUAGUGACUCUGACACAGAAUCAAUGGGUGAUGCAGUUUCACCUGUACCACCCAAAAGCAUGCCUGAUAUCGCUCUUCCCAGGCAGCCUCUCAGGAUUGCGUCAGCUUGUAUCAAGUGUGAAAGUAAUAAGGACAUUCAAAGGAUCGUGGAUCCAGGGUUCCAGAUCACUGAGUUGUUCAAAAAUGAGGACGAUUGUGUGCUAAGGAAACCAGUUCACGAAUAACAAUUAUUUGGAUCAAGCAAACUAACUAUUACCUGAAUUACAUUAGAUGAAUGUUAUACGUAGUGACAUCUUUAAUACAGGUGCAUCUACAUAAAACUGAAUUAUUUGGAUAAAGUGAUAACUUACAACACAGAAGCUGUAAACAUAUGUAUGUAAACUGUAUAUAGGACUUAAGGAGAUGACAACCAAUGCCUUUCAUACUUUACUAUUUCCUUAUUUAACUUUUUAUGAACUUUGAGAGUUAUAUUUAAACUUCUGGAGAAGUUCUUAUUGAGGGGAGGGGGGGGGCUGUGUAGAGUUUAU